AUGAGCUCGGACAGCCCUUGCCGCUUGUCGCUUGCAUGGCUGACCUACGCCACCAGCACCGGUGAUGAGUGGCCGAACUGGGACCACAAGAAUCGGACUACGGUGACUGCCAUGAAGCUUUGCCCACAGAUCCAUGUAGCAGUUGCCGAUUCCCGACUCAGUGGGUGUCUCAUGCAGCAGCAUCACAACGGUCAGGCCGUGCAGGGUGUUGGACACUGGUUGAGUGUCGAGAUUGGCAGGCAAUAUGGCCAUCGAUUUUUUCACAUGGAUUUGCACGGAGUUUUGGAAGCAAAGCUGUCUCAUUUCGUUCUGGCCUGCCGCGUCUUCCCCGGUGUGGCCAUCCGUUUGGUGCCGAGGAGUUUCUACAUGCAGCAGAUGGCGCAGUACGACCCACCUGAGAUUGAGCAGGAACCCGGCUGCCAGACUUCAGGCUCCAUUGGAGAAGUUGUACCUGAACGUGCGGAGCUUGGGAAAUGGGUGGGUUGGGCAUCCAGUGGCCAACGUGACCCAACAAAAGAUCAAACCCCCCUGCAAAAAUGCCGAAACCGCCGAAACCGAAACUGCUGCAGAAUAG